AUGGGUGCCCUUGUUAAUAUGAAAGCCUUGGUUUUACGAAACAAUGGUUUAAUGGGUGAGUUGAAUUCUUCUUUGAAGAAUUGCAGCAGUUUAUUUAUGCUGGAGCUGAGUGAAAAUAUGUUGUCGGGUCCAAUACCAUCAUGGAUUGGAGAAAGUAUGCAGCAAUUGAUAAUCUUGAAAAUGCGAGGAAAUCACCUCUCAGGAAAUCUACCCAUUCAUCUCUGUUAUUUGAAGCGUAUUCAAUUGUUGGAUCUUUCAAGGAAUAACUUGUCAAAAGGAAUUCCAACUUGCUUAAAGAAUUUGACUGCAAUGUCUGAACAGAGCAUCAACUCAAGUGACACUAAGUUUCGUAUAUAUGGGAUUAAUGAGACUUACAUUGAGAUUUAUGGUGGUUACUCAUUGAGAGGUUAUAAGCUUGGCAUAACAUGGAUGUGGAAAGGUGUGGAACGGGGGUUCAAGAAUCCAGAGUUAAAGCUCAAAAGCAUUGAUCUUUCUAGUAACAAUUUAACGGGUGAAAUACCAAAAGAGGUCGGAUAUUUGCUUGGGUUAGUUUCUUUGAAUAUAUCAAGAAACAAUUUGAGCGGAGAAAUUCCUUCUCAGAUUGGUAAUUUAAGUUCCCUAGAAUCACUUGACUUGUCAAGAAAUCACAUCUCUGGGAGAAUUCCUUCUUCUGUUUCUGAAAUUGAUUAUUUGGGAAAAUUAGACUUGUCACACAACUCUCUUUCUGGAAGAAUCCCAUCAGGAAGACAUUUUGAAACCUUUGAAGCCUCUAGUUUUGAAGGAAACAUUGAUCUUUGUGGUGGACAACUUAACAAAACUUGUCCUGGGGAUGGAGAUCAGACAACAACAGAGCAUGGAGAACCACCUGUCAAAGGUGAUGAUUUUGUUUUCUAUGAGGGAUUAUACAUGAGCUUGGGGAUUGGAUACUUCACUGGAUUUUGGGGCUUAUUAGGGCCAUUACUACUGUGGCGUCGUUGGAGAAUUGCUUACAUCAGGUUUCUGAACAGAUUAACAGACUAUGUAUAUGUAUGCUUAUGGUGA